CUUCCUUCAUUAAAUUAUUCCUCACAGGGAAAUCACAACAACGCAUCCUGAUUUUUUUCCUCCUCUGCAAAUCGGGAUCCAAACGACUAACGAACACACUGUUCAAGUUUCGAUUUCCUCAAGGUGUCUGUAUUGCUGGCCUUCGAUUUCAAUGGCGACGGAGCAGUUGAUGUCCGGUGGUGGUGGUCCCCGCUACGUUCAAAUGCAAUCGGAGCCAUCGGCGGCGAUUUCUUCUUCUGCGUCGGUCCGGUUUGGCGGUGGCCCUGAGCAUACUCGAAUUUUCGAUGAGUUGCCAGAAGCCACCAUCGUCUCCGUCUCUCGUCCCGAUGCCGGCGACAUCAGUCCCAUGCUUCUGUCUUACACAAUAGAGUUUCGUUAUAAACAGUUCAAGUGGCAAUUGGUGAAGAAGGCUUCUCAAGUAUUUUAUUUGCAUUUUACAUUGAAGAAACGUGCCUUUAUUGAGGAAAUUCAUGAGAAGCAAGAGCAGGUUAAAGAAUGGCUUAACAAUCUAGGAAUAGGAGAACACACUGCUGUGGUGCAAGAUGAUGAUGAAGCUGAUGAUGAAACUGUUCAUCUGCAUCAUGAUGAAAGUGCGAAGGACAGAGAUGUCCCAUCUAGUGCUGCCCUACCAAUUAUACGGCCAGCCUUAGGAAGACAGGAUACUAUGUCAGACAGAGCAAAGACUGCAAUGCAAGGAUAUUUGAAUCACUUUUUAGGAAAUAUCAAUAUUGUUAACUCUCCAGAGGUUUGCAAGUUUUUGGAGGUAUCAAAGUUAUCUUUCACAACCGAGUAUGGCCCUAGCCUGAAGGAAGAUUAUGUCAUGGUGAAGCAUCUGCCAACACUUCCUAAGGGUGAUGAUUCCAGAAAGUGUUGUUUAUCUCGGUGUUUUAGUUGUUGCAAUGACAACUGGCCUAAGGUUUGGGCUGUCUUAAAACCUGGAUUCUUGGCAUUGCUGGCCGAUCCAUUUGAUAGCCAACCUCUGGACAUAAUUGUUUUUGAUGUUCUACCUGCCUCAGAUGGGAAUGGGGAUGGUCGUUUAUCACUGGCAAAAGAAAUGAAGGAGAAAAAUCCUUUACGCCAUUCAUUCAGGGUGACUUGUGGAAACCGGAGCAUUAGGAUUAGAGUGAAAAGUACUAGUAAAGUCAAAGAUUGGGUUGCUGCAAUUAAUGAUGCUGGACUCAGGCCGCCUGAAGGAUGGUGUCAUCCUCAUCGCUAUGGUUCAUUUGCUCCGCCAAGAGGCUUGAUUGAAGAUGGAAGUCAGGCUCAGUGGUUUGUUGAUGGCAGGGCAGCAUUUGAGGCCAUUGCUUCUUCAAUUGAGGAUGCAAAAUCAGAGAUAUUUAUAUGUGGAUGGUGGGUUUGCCCAGAACUGUAUUUACGGCGUCCUUUUCAUACGCAUGCUUCAUCAAGGCUUGAUAAUUUGCUGGAAGCAAAAGCCAAGCAAGGGGUUCAGAUCUACAUUCUUCUCUACAAAGAGGUGGCUCUUGCUUUGAAAAUUAACAGUGUCUAUAGCAAGAGAAAGCUUCUUAGCAUUCAUGAAAAUGUGAGGGUACUACGCUACCCUGAUCACUUUUCUUCUGGUGUCUACCUGUGGUCACACCAUGAAAAACUGGUAAUUGUUGAUCAUCAGAUUUGUUUUAUUGGAGGACUGGAUUUAUGCUUUGGUCGUUAUGAUACAUCUGAACACAAAGUAGGAGAUUCCCCUCCGAUGAUAUGGCCAGGAAAGGACUAUUAUAACCCGAGGGAAUCUGAGCCAAAUUCAUGGGAAGAUGCAAUGAAAGAUGAAUUGGAUCGUGUAAAGUAUCCUCGAAUGCCAUGGCAUGAUGUUCACUGUGCCCUUUGGGGACCACCUUGUCGUGACAUUGCUAGGCAUUUUGUUCAGCGAUGGAAUUAUGCAAAGAGGAGCAAAGCUCCAAAUGAGCAAGCAAUUCCAUUACUUAUGCCUCAGCAUCAUAUGGUUAUCCCACACUACUUGGGAAGAAGCAAAGAGAUGGAGAUUGAAAGCAACAAUACUGACUAUUGUAUAGGAAUGAAGAGGGAAGAUUCCUUUUCCUCAUCCCAAGAUAUUCCUCUACUUUCACCUGAGGAUUCUGGGGGGAUGAAUGCUUCUGUAGGAGACACUGGAUUAAAUGAGUUAAGUUCCUUCUUUCAUCGCCUUGACCAGCCAACCAGGGUCAGCAACGGUCGUCCUUUCCCUUUCCGGAAGGCCAAAAUUGAACCAAUAGGUCCAGAUACACCAAUGAAGGGCUUUGUAGAUGAUCUUGACUCUGUGGAUCAUCAUGGGAAGAUGCCUACGGAUAGAGUAGCUCACGUUAGUGUACCUAAUUCAGGUCCAGAAUGGUGGGAGACACAAGAACGGGGCGACCAGGGAAGUUUUGCAGACGAAUCUGGCCAAGUUGGUCCUCAUGUUUCCUGCCGUUGUCAGGUCAUCCGGAGUGUUAGUCAAUGGUCUGCUGGAACUAGCCAAACAGAAGAGAGCAUCCACAAUGCUUAUUGCUCUCUUAUUGAGAAGGCAGAAUACUUCAUCUACAUUGAGAAUCAAUUUUUUAUCUCAGGUCUUUCAGGAGAUGAGAUGAUACGAAAUCGUGUUUUGGAAGCUUUGUAUCGACGGAUUAUGCGAGCUUACCAUGACAAAAAGCCCUUUAGGGUUAUAAUUGUCAUACCACUCCUGCCUGGCUUCCAGGGAGGCCUGGAUGAUAGCGGUGCAGCAUCCGUCAGAGCAAUAAUGCAUUGGCAGUAUCGAACCAUUUGCAGAGGACAAAAUUCUAUAUUACAUAAUCUGUUAGAAUUUCUCGGUUCGAAAAUACAUGAUUACAUCUCUUUCUAUGGCCUUAGGGCAUAUGGUAAACUCUUUGAUAGCGGUCCUGUGGCAACCAGCCAGGUUUAUGUUCACAGUAAAAUCAUGAUUGUUGAUGACUGUACGACUUUGAUCGGAUCUGCUAAUAUCAAUGAUAGGAGUUUACUUGGCUCCAGAGAUUCUGAGAUCGGUGUAAUUAUAGAAGACAAAGAACUGAUUGAUUCGUUUAUGGGUGGGAAAUCACGGAAAGCAGGAAAAUUCUCUCUAACUCUGCGGUUGUCAUUAUGGUCUGAACACUUAGGUCUGCAAGCAGGGGAGAUCAAUCGAAUAAUGGACCCAAUUGCUGACUCGACAUAUAAGGAUAUUUGGAUGGCAACAGCGAAGACAAAUACUGCGAUUUAUCAGGAUGUCUUUUCUUGCGUACCUAAUGAUCUGAUACACACCAGACUUGCUUUCAGGCAAAGCACAACUCUCUGGAAAGAAAGAAUUGGUCAUAGUACCAUUGAUCUAGGAAUAGCCCCAGAAAAUUUAGAAUCCUAUCACGAUGGAGGCGUCAAGAAAACUGACCCUUUGGAGAGAUUGGAUUCAGUGAAGGGUCAUCUUGUUUCCUUCCCCUUGGAGUUCAUGUGUCAAGAAAACCUAAGACCUGCUUUUAAUGAAAGCGAAUACUAUGCUACUCAGGUUUUCCAUUAAAA